CCCUUUGCGUGACAGUAGGGUGCGCUACGAGUGGUGCGACGCACUGGACGGGGAGCUGCUUGGGGGUAGCCACUCCGUAAAUGCGCUUCUCUUACGGGGGUACCAAGAAGCCAUCGGCCACAUGACACCAUCUUUCAGCAUUUGAGACUCACCACCAGCACACCAUUUGAACCGCACCGUAACUCCGCGGGUAGUUGCACAGUAACUUUCUUCCUGGAAAUUAGAGCUGAAUAUACUUUCUAAAAGAUGGCUUUUCUGUGCCUCUAAUGUCCCAGCAACAGCAGAACCUUUUUCAGCUUCCCGGGGCCCGCGUCGCACUGCCGGGGAUGGCUGUACGCAGUGUCAGCAAGCGGGUCGAUCUGGGCCUGAAUCCUUGCGCGGCGGAAACUAAUCUUCAGCGGACUAAUUCUAUGGACGAGGAGGUGCAAGACAGCAGGUGCAAAGAUUCUACGGGGAUACAAGAACGUCGUCAGAGCUUAAGGAGCAAUACGGAAGACAUGCUACGUCGUCGCGGUCGACCAGAGAUGGGCGCAACAAUUCUUGUGAAGCGUGCCGUAGACGUGCCCUUGCAGUUUGGCCGGGUUCCGCUAGUCGUCACGAUUUUUAUUGACGACGAGCAGCCGGACAAGCCACUGUUGUGCGGCCGAGCUUUGGCUCGACGACUACGAGUUUUACAAGGCAAAGACGUCGUGGAGAUAAAUUCGAUUAAGGCUGUUGCUAAUUUAUCUCUGCUGGUUGCAUCUCUGAGAGGCCUGCCAUUUCUUGAACAGAGGAACAAUGCAGGUCUAAGAUGAUGAUGAGUGCUUAUACUGGAACUGGACAGCCCUAAGUCUACGGCACACGGGCCGCCGGUUGGUUGUGUAGGUGAUUCUGGUACUCCUCUCGAAAGUGCUGAAGCUGAUGGUCGUGCUUUUGGAGAACGCGGUACCGACGAUCUUUUAUGUUCAGAUAUGAAUCGAGGUCCUCGAGAUCAAGCGACUCAAGGUCCAGAUCCGUCCAUGCUCCUCGCCACGCGGGCCCGAAAGCAUCGAGACCAGCGGAUACCCCACACUGUGGCUGCAGAUUGCUGGCACCGUGUCUUGACGUGGCUGUUCACUACAUGGCAGUACUCAGAGUCCUUCCGUGAAUUGUGGCAACCGCGGACUCCGUUCGCUACUUUCUUUUAAGAGGCCCAUCCUCAUGAUGAUGCUGUGUUUCCAUACAUCUUAGCGUUAAUUGUUUGCUAGUCAGCGAGCCUUCCUGAUAUAUAAUCUUACGCUCUUUAAUAUCUUUUUAUCCGUUUCCUUCUCAGAAUGCCGAUUCUGACAAGAUGGGGCAGUUAGAAAAUGAAUCGGUCUGAGUCUACUUUAAUUCGUGGACGCUGCCUUUCAAGAGGAGUUCGGAUUAGAAAGCGCACUUUUCGACGAUCGCGUGGCUCAGGAGAGCGUCCCACGACUUGCAUGGUCCUCUUUGGAAAGCAAAAUGGAUCGGCACAACGUCAACGAUCAGAAUCGGGGGAACGAGCCGUAUGUUGAUGACAAUUUUCCUUGAGAAGGUCCCUGUGAAGACGCCAAUUCUUCUUGUGGAGAAUCGUAGUCUUCAAGCGAGUCGCAGUUUGUUUACUAGCGAGCCAUCUUUGGCUGUUCCGCGACCUUUUUGAAGACCUUUUAGCGAACUAUUCCCUGCAAGCACGUGUUCAUAAAUUUAAAAAAUCUGCGGCACCAGUGAAGACUGUCGUUUUGGACCGCAUGUCAUGAAAGAGCAGGAAAGUGGUUAAAGAUUUGUCUUAUUCGAAGAUUAUCGAACGUGGGUUUGCAAAUGUUUUUUAUGACAGACUUAUCUCAACAAACAAUGUAAUUAGGCUAUCUCUUCGUUAGUAAAUGUAUCUUUCAAAGACGGAAUUAUCUUGGCACCUCUCUAAACUUAAACAUGCGCCGCGGAUGAUCAAGCGAGGGCGGCGCGCCGCGUACUAUUGGAGAGCUUGCUGCGCAUUUGGCGCGCAGAGACGGACGGGCCAGAGGAACUCUUUGAUAUCGCGAGGAGACGACUCAAGCCGUGCGAGCCAAGCCUUCUGCGUUCAAUGGUGCUACAAAUAAUCAAUGACACGUGAUAUCUCAAACAUUCGUAAGGCGGCUCAGUACAACAUCAGAAGCGGCUCAGUACAACAUCAGAAGCGGCUCAGUACAACAUCAGAAGCGGCUCAGUACAACAUCAGAGGCGACUCAGUACAGUAUCGGAGGCGACUCAGUACAACAUCGGAGGCGACUCAGUACAGCAUCCGCACCACAAUUCACAGGGGAAUUCACGAGGUAGUCCAGUAAAACAUCCGGCGUGGAGGCAACUCUAUCAUUUGACUAAAACUAAAACUCUUCAACACGAUAAGGUGACGGAUACUUCGCGGAUUCAUUGAAGAGCGCUCCUCAGACUUCUAGGCUUGGUGGAGUCGCCACCACGACAUAUUUGUAUACUCUGCGUCUGCUCGUUGGUUGACGUACUAGAAGUGUUUACGUACUACAGCUCUCGGCUAUCGCCUGUAUCAGCAGUGGGAGACGUUUACCUACUGGUCAUCGCCUGUGCGUGUACUACAAGAAGUGGCCCUCCAAUUUGAUCUGUAAGAAUGCUGCAUCAUAAUUCGAUAUCCGUCAACGCUGCUCCAUGAAACUAGUUCCCUGGACCAAAUGCU